AUUCCCAGACUCGAUGUGGAUUUUACUCACUACGACUAACCGAGGCAAACAGCAGGCAUGGACUCUUUACUGCGUUACCCAGGCAAGGUGGUGAUCGUGACUGGUGGCACCUCAGGCAUCGGUCUGGCCACUGUGAGAGAAUUUGUUCGCCAGGGAGCCAAUGUGGUCUUCUGUUCACGAGCCCGUGGAGCGGAACAGGGGCGAGCGAUUCAGAGGGACCUGCAGGCUUCUGGGUGCCCAGGGCAAGCCUGCUACCAGGUCUGUGAUGUUCGCAAGGAGUCAGACAUCAAGAGGAUGAUUUUGGUAACCGUGGAACGUUACGGAUGCCUGGACUGCCUGGUGAACAACGCUGGAACUGGUCAUUUGGGAACGAUAGAUGAAAUGUGUGCCCAAGACUUCCGCAACAGCAUGGAACUCAAUGCUGUGAGCUGUUUCUUAGCAUCCAAGUAUGCACUGCCCUACUUACGGGAAACGAAAGGAAACAUCAUCAACAUGGCCAGUAUUGUUGGUGUCUUAGGGGUGCAGUAUGGUGUAUUGUAUUCAUCAAGCCAGGGCGCUAUAAUUGCAAUGACCAAAGCCCUGGCCAUCGAUGAGAGCAAAUAUGGAGUACGAGUCAACAGGUAACAAUGAUUAUUAUCCAUACAGAACCUUCAAUGCUCAGUGUCCUUGGCAAAAUACUAUCAGGAAAGAAAGACAGAU